CGGGUCUGGUCUAUAGCACUGGAACAGCCCUGCUUAUUGGGUUUCACUCUCUGCAGGGCAAGGAAGAGGGCAGGCCGUACGAUUAAAUCUCUGGGAAUCUAAAUUCCUGUUCCUCUGGGACCUGCGUCUUGUUGUGGAUUCCUGGGUCUUACAGCCAUGCCUCUCUCAACUCCUGCCCCUCCUUACAAGAGGUCAAAGGUCAACAAGAUCAUCACUGAUCUGUCCAACAUCAGCCAAUGUGAGGAUGAGUCGGAACCCGAUGCUAAUGAGUUCGACUUGGGCACCAAGAUCAAGACCCCCAAGGAUGUGAUGCUGGAGGAGCUCUCCCUCCUCAAGAACAAGGGCUCCAAGAUGUUCAAGAUGAGGCAGCAAAGAGUGGAGAAGUUCAUUGUGACCACCGAGAACAUGCAGAACCUUCAGAACCUGCUGAUGUUCCCUCCAGUUCCACCCAAGCCUGUGAUGCCCAAGGAAGAAAAGGUGGAGGAGACAGUGGAUGAUGAGGCAGAGAAGGAAAAGAGGAGGAAGGAGUACGUGCGCACCUACGUGUCACCAUGGGAACGUGCAAUGAGAGACAACGAAGAGCUCAAAGCCACCAUGAGGGCCUCCAUGCCAGGACCCAUCCAGUUCCACCCAGACCUGCCUCAGUACAAGAGCUUCAACAGGACGGCGCUGCCGUUCGGCGGCUUCGAAAAGGCGUUCAAAAUGCUGACCUUCGAGCUGCCGCAGGUCAACGUGGAAGACGAGGAGCCCGAGCCCCUCCCCUCCCUGCAGGCCGACAUCCGCUCGCGGCCCUCCUUCAACCGCACGCCCAUCGGCUGGGUCUGCAGCGAGGACAACUCGCACAUUCACAUGGACGUGGACGCCCCGUUCGACGGGGAGACGGACGACCUGUGAACGCGCGUGCAGACAUGAGCAUAUUUACAGUGCAUGUAGUCAGAAACACACACAUUGACAGAGGCACUGGACCUCAGAAACGCCCAAAGAAUGCACACAGUGAUUUCCAGAUUAGAAUUGACACCACUGACACGAACCAAUAAGCACUUUUAGACCUGUAGAGGCACAGCCGAACACUGAAUGAAACCUGCUUUAGUUAAAUGGAAACAAAGACCUUUUAAAAAAUGUGGAAAAGGACAAAGCAUCUCCUUGUGUGAUUUCUUAUUACUCAACUAUUAAUGAGUCUUAUUCUGAUUUUGCAUACUGUGAGCUGGUGUGAGACCUUUGUGAAUAGCAAUAGAUACGCAUUCUGCACUCUUAAAACAAUGUAAAUAUGCAAUAAAUCUCCCCUUUACAGAUUGUCUGGUGACUUUUCAUGAUGAAAUCUGGUCUGGAACAUUUUUUUUCCCAUUCAACACGAAUAAUAAAUAUAAUUUAUUGCCAAGUGACCCUUGCCAUCUCCAAAAAUGAUUUAUUUUACAGCUUCAGUCUUUAGAGUCAGGGUCAAAAGUUCAAAAUACAACUCAACUCAAAUGUACCAUCCAAAAAGCAUGCUGUAUUCACCUUUCAGAUAUUUAUUGACUGCAAACCGCUCAGUCAAACUGUGUUUUCCCAUCUAAACCACUUUUUAAAAGGGAGCAGUGGGCUUACAUGUAACUUGCCGAGCGAAUAUUAUUGUUUCAUUAUUGUGAAAUGUUUUUCCCUGUCCCAGUAUAAAUUAUAAGAUAAGAACUGAUUUAUUGAUCCAUCUAUGUAUGUCUUUAAUAUAGGUGGCAAUUCAAUUUGUUAGUAUUUGGCUUCUGACGUUGACAUCAACAAAUGAAACGCAUACUGUCCCUUGCCGUUCUUCAUUGCUACCAGUUUUUGUAUGGAAAAAUGUAGAGCAUACGGAAAGCCCCUCGGCUAGUCAGAGUCCAAAAAUGCAUGCAGGAAAAAUAAAACUCUGU